GAACUAGGGGUGCAAAUACGUGCAAUUACAUCGUUAUCAGUUUAGUUUCAAUGUCAUUCGACGAUUAGGCAGCAGAGUGGCUGGUCCUUAUUUGGUGGGCGAAUGACUGGUUUAAAAGUACUCGGUUGUUAUGUCAUGCAACAAGUAACAAUUUGAGAGCCUGCAAAUUACUCUUUGAGUUGCAGUUCUCGCUUGUUGGCAGAUGACAGAGAAGGAGAGAUCUGAAAGGACAGGUCUAGAGAGUACAGUGAAGAAACCGGAAAUGAAAACAGUUGAGCAUGCCUUGCCAGGAAGAAGAUAGAAGAAAGUGAAGUUGAACUGAAGCCAAUCUCGUUGGAGGCUAGCAUAAAAUGAUUGAGUUGAUUGAAGGAAUGCCACAAACUCUCAAGUUGCUGAAAGUUCUGCGGUUGCAAUUGAUUAAAGGUGUGAAGUUGUUGUUUUACUUGUUUAUGUGUGUCGAAUGGUGAUGCUGCAAAAAGUUAAAGCUCAUGAAAGUGGUAGAGAUGAGUUCCUUUUUUUUAAAAGCAAGUGGGUUGGAAAGGAAAUGGGCUUGAAGGUGACAGCAGUUCAAGCAUCAAGAUGUUCACAGCUCUAGUUUGUUAUCAAUGAAGAGGUUAUGGUGUUGGAGUGUCAUGAGAUAAAAGAUCAAUUGCGUAAAGUUAUGAAGAUGAUGAUGUUUGUUUAAAUGAGUGGAAUACAUGGAGUGUGUGAAGUUUCAAAAGUUGUUGCUGCAAGCAUUUGAGUUUGCUGUGGAUUGCAGAGCUGCUGCUGCUUUGGAGUAAACUCAGUUUAGGAGAGGCUUAGUGUUAGAAUAUUAUCAGUUGGCUGGAAAGGGGUCCUCACUGCUCAACCGGACCUUGUUGCUGCUAUUUUAGAGUGAAGUUGCUGUUGUGUUUAAGUAAACCGGGGAAAGUUGCAACUGGUUUCAUGUCUACAUGGGUGAGGCUAUGUUUUCACAGGGUGCUGAUGCAUACAUCGAGGGUCUAGUUUCAGUUAUACCGAUAGCAGAUGGCUUGGUUAAGAAGUGGUGAAGCUCGACUAUUGUGGCGGUAAAGACGAAGUUGCAGACAUCGUGACAAAAGCAGUGAAGUUGGAGAUAUUUGAGAAGCUUAUUUGGUGGAACCAAGUCUGAAGUGUGAAGAUGCUACUGCUGAAUUAUGCUGCUGUUUGCUGGUGUGAUUUUUUCAGAACAUGGUUGCCCGCUGCGUUUAUGUUUGUUGUGGAAGUUCCUUUUAAACUGAAACAUUUGAAACGUUUUCAGUUUAGGGGAGAAUUUGUUAGAGCUUGUUAGUGUGCAACCCACGUGGUUUGUCACAUGAGCUCUUUUAAGUCUGAACUGUGUCGUAUUUAUUGAUAGAGUCUGUUGUCCAGUAGAAGUACUUCUGGGCUGCUGAUUAGUCGUUGCUGCAUUCUAGGACUAGUGGGUUAGUGAGUUAGAUGAGUGGCCGGAUUUGGUGCAAGUUGUUGGGUCAUUGAUUGUACUUAAGACCUGUUUUUCAUUCCAAUAAAACAUGAUGAAGUUUGAUCGACAUUUUCAGUUUACAGAGGCACCGUCAUCUCCGUACACCCGCCCUUCCUACGCCGCCAUCGAGGGCGAAAUCUACGACUACUCCUACGUGGAGAAGCAACAACUCCACGAGAAUCUGAAAGCCUGCGUAGAGAAGUAUUUCAAAGCGCAGCAGCAGCAGCUGUUUAAUAAUUAUUCUCCGAAGACGACGACGACGACGGCGGAGCCCAACACAUCAUACUGGAGCACGACCAGAGGUUCCGGGAAUGAAGAUGACGGUGAUGAUGACGUGGAUUUGGAGGUGAACAACAACUCCCCUGCUUCCCCUGCUGUCUCCUCUGUUCUCUGCCACCUCCACUCAGAGGCCGCCCACAGUCCUCUCCCUGACGACGCAGUGGAAGGAGAAGAGGAUAAAGUGAUGGGUACUUCAUCUGUGAUUGAGACUAGCAAGACCUGCUCGCUUGCACUUCGCGAUGAGUGAAUUUAAGCCCGCAAUGCACUUUUCGAAAAUUGAUCUUGUAAGAGAGUCAAUAUAGAUUCUUAACUUAGCAAGAGUGUUUUGAAAGGUACAUAUAUCGUUGUUCAAUAUUAGGAGUACUUGGUAGCAUAAGAAAAAACUUGUCUUAUUUGUAAAGUAACUCAAGUUACAUAACUGAAAAAUAAGUUGAUUCUUAAAGAGCAUAACACUAUAUAGAAUUACAGACUAAAAACACUAAGCAACAUCAACACUGAAACUUCAUAUAGUUAAAGACCAACAAAUGAAAGGACAACAAUAAAAUACCGAAUGUAGUUGAAAUGCAUUCAGCUAUACAACAAAGCGAUGACAUAGCAGAAUUUGAGCUGUUAUAUCACUAAAGGAACGCAUCCAAUAAUAUCCUAAGAGUCUUGCCAUAGCUUAUACUGGUCGAGAAGAAAAAAAGAAGUGUAAUGGUUGUCUCUAACUAACUGCUCCUAAAAAAAAUCAAAUUUUGAUGAUGAAAUUGUAAGUUCCCUAGAUAAGAUAUAGGGAAGCUGUAGUGAUUGGCAACAAAUAAGCGAGAAGAAGCAUUGCAACAAAAUUCUCCCUCACCUGCAAAGUGAUCUUUUUAUAUUAUGAACAUAUCCGUAAAGAAUGGAAGUAGGUAACUGGCAUAGAAUGGCAAAUUAGAAGUGAAAACCUACACAGAAGAAAGUAGCAGAAUCACAUUCGAAAGGGAAAAACAAAUAAAACGGAGUACAUAAGUUAAGAAUCGAACGAUUGAAAAUUCGAACUAUAAAUGACAAUCAUUUGGAAAGUUCAGUAAGGAGGGAUUCUUCUGUAAACUCACUCACAACUGCAUUUCCAAGAUCUACUCAAGUACUUGUGCAUCAUAGAGUGGCUACAACUUUUGAAUCAUGAUCCUCAAAGCUCGGAUUCAUUCAACCAUACCCCACAAAUCCAAAACAAUCCAAACAUUUCCUAGCUCACUAAAAUGAAUAUUUAAGACAUGAAAGGCAUCUAAUGGCAGCAACAUCAAUAAUGCUGGAAAUGGUUAUCAAUGAACUCAAAAUCACAACAAGGAAGGAAUGAAAACAUACCCAAGUAUAAGGAAUGGAAACCAUUAUAAUAAUAAGCCAUAAAUCAUUUGACCACACAUGAGGAAGGGUAGGAUGGAUUGGAGGGGCACUGCAUUACACAAUCUCCAAGUUUUUGGUUGAAAACAAAAAGAAAUUCGAUUCUCUAUUUAAUUUUUUUUAUCCCACAUCCUCAUUUUGACACGAAGAAAUGAAGUAGUUUCUAGAAAAAGAAAAGAAUAGUCAUCCACAAACCAUCCAGUAGGAGCUUUAUGAUAACUUUUCUUUUUUCUUAGAAAUUGCGGAUGAAUGAAACUUGAUUAUAGUCGUAUGUGCAGGUCAUUUUUCCCUAUUGUCGUUUUAGUUGGAUAAUGAUGUUUGUGAUUGUAUUACAGAUUCCAAUUUAUCGUUGUUUAGCGGAAUAAAUGCAUUGCCCACUCGCAUCUUUUUCCUUCUAUAAUUGUUCUGCUCUGACCACUUUCUGGAUAUACUCCUAUUUCUCUCCGUUGUUUCCGUUACCAUUCUUCUUCCAAUUAAAAGUAGGGGUGGCUAUUUGGACCGAGACCGGAUUAAAAACCGAAAACCGGGCCGUAUAACCCGGACCGAGAUUGGACCGGGUACGGGAUAGUAAACAAUCCAAUCUUUGGGCUUAGAUUUGAGGUAAAAAACCGGAUAAAGACCGGAUAAGAGAGCUCAACACCCAAAACUUAAGGGUAAUUUGCAUAAACGGUCACAAACCUUUGCACAAAACUUAACCAACUCCUCACCCUUUAAGGCCUUAGGCCACUCAAAUCCCACAAUCUCAAUGUAAAAUCAAGACCGAAUUGGGAC